AUGACAAUGGAGGAGAAGGAAGAACACUCUACAGAAGCUGCAGUUACUUCACACAAUGACUCCAAAUUGUUCGACGAUGACGACCGUGUUAAACGAACAGGAACGGUUUGGACAACAAGUUCGCAUAUAAUAACAGCAGUAGUAGGAUCAGGAGUGUUGUCGUUGGCAUGGGCGAUAGCUCAAUUGGGUUGGAUAAUUGGUUUAUCAGUCAUGGUUUUCUUCAGUCUCAUCACUUGGUAUACUUCAUCACUCCUAUCCGAAUGUUAUCGAACAGGAGAUCCUCAUUUCGGGAAAAGAAACUAUACUUUCAUGGAAGCUGUUCACACCAUUCUCGGGGGUUUCUAUGACACCCUUUGUGGGAUAGUUCAGUACAGCAAUCUUUAUGGAACUGCAGUAGGAUACACAAUUGGUGCUUCCAUUAGUAUGAUGGCAAUAAAAAGAUCUAACUGUUUCCAUUCCUCGGGAGGAAAAGAUGGAUGUCGCAUUUCAAGCAAUCCAUACAUGAUCAGUUUUGGAGUAAUCCAAAUUUUCUUUUCUCAAAUUCCAGAUUUUCAUGAAAUGUGGUGGCUCUCAAUUGUUGCAGCAAUCAUGUCUUUCACCUAUUCAUUAAUUGGCCUUGGUCUCGCAAUUGCCAAAGUUGCAGAAAAUGGUUCCUUCAAAGGUAGUAUCACAGGAGUAAGCAUUGGAACUGUGACAGAAGCCCAAAAAGUAUGGGGAGUUUUCCAAUCUCUUGGCAACAUAGCUUUCGCGUAUUCAUAUUCACAAAUUCUCAUUGAAAUUCAGGAUACCAUAAAAAGUCCACCUUCCGAGAUGAAAACAAUGAAGCAAGCCACAAAGAUAAGUAUAGGCGUGACAACGAUAUUUUACAUGCUUUGCGGCGGUAUGGGCUAUGCUGCAUUUGGAGACUUGUCACCAGGAAACUUACUCACUGGAUUUGGUUUCUAUAAUCCAUAUUGGCUCAUUGAUAUUGCUAACGCCGCUCUCAUAAUUCAUCUUGUGGGAGCAUACCAAGUUUACGCGCAACCCUUAUUUGCUUUCGUCGAGAAAAUAAUGAUAAAAAGAUGGCCUAAAAUAAAAAAGGAAUACAAACUUACAAUUCCUGGUUUUCGUCCUUACCAUCUAAAUCUAUUUAGAUUAAUUUGGAGGACUAUAUUUGUGAUCACAACAACAUUUAUAUCAAUGUUGAUUCCUUUCUUCAAUGAUGUUUUGGGAUUAAUUGGAGCAGCUGGAUUUUGGCCUUUAACAGUUUAUUUUCCAGUGGAGAUGUAUAUCAAACAGAAGAAGAUCACAAAAUGGAGUUAUAAAUGGAUUAGUAUGCAAACUUUAAGUGUUAUAUGUUUUGUAGUAUCAGUUGUGGCUUUUGUUGGAUCAGUGUCAAGUAUUGUGGUUGAUCUUAAGAAAUACAAACCAUUCACAACUGAUUAUUGA